GUGCUCUGACGCAGCGUGCGUCAGUUUUUCUCAGCCUGCAGGCGUGUUUGUUUAUCAUCCCCAACCAACACUGGAAUUUAGCCACACCAGUAACCAUGUUGCCUGUUGUGGUAGUCCAUGGAGGUGCGGGGCAAAUUCCCAAGGAGAAUACUGAGGUCUGCUGUGCUGGGGUGCGGGAGGCAGCAAGAUCAGGUUAUUCUGUUCUGACGUCUGGAGGCAGUGCCAUGGAUGCUGUAGUAGAGGCUGUCACCAUGUUGGAGAACAACCCAGUAUAUAAUGCAGGUAAAGGGUCAGUGUUGAAUGUGAAAGGGGAAGUGGAGAUGGAUGCUUUGGUGAUGGAUGGACGUACUCUAGACAGUGGUGCUGUGUCUGCAGUUAGGGGAGUGGCUAACCCAACACAGCUCGCCAGGAUGGUCAUGGAGAAGACUAGUCACUUAUGUCUGACAGCUGAGGGGGCCUCAAAAUUUGCCAGGGCCAUGGGUGUACCUGAAGUGCCUGAAGAGUCACUAAUCACAGACUAUGCCAGGAUGCGCUGGAAGAAACUGGAGCCAGGCAGUAACCCUGUGGAGUGUCAGAUAGGAAAGAUAGGCACAGUUGGGGCAGUAGCUGUUGAUGUGGAGGGAAACCUGGCUUGUGCUACCUCCACAGGGGGCAUAUUAAACCAAAUGGAGGGUCGUGUGGGAGACACACCAUGUAUUGGAUGUGGAGGCUAUGCAGAUAACCAGAUUGGAGCUGUCUCACCCACUGGUCAUGGAGAAGCUAUCAUGAAAGUCACUCUGUCCAGACUUAUUCUCUUCCAUAUGGAGCAAGGAAAAAGCCCAGAGGAGGCAAGUGACUUAGCCCUGGACUACAUGAAGGAGCGUGUGAAGGGUCUGGGCGGUGUGGUGGUUGUGGACCCAAAAGGGACCUGGACAGCUCGUUUCAACAGUCUACAGAUGACUUGGGCUGCAGCCCAGCAAGAGCAGCUCCAUUAUGGCCUGUACCAUGGAGAGGACUUCACUGAGCCUAUAUAGUGGUCCUCAUAAUCACCACACUCCCAUUUAAAGCACAGGUUUGUGUUGAUUACAUGCGCAAACAUCCAAAAAGGAAUCAUCUUAUAUUGCUACUGCAUUUCAAUCUGUUACCACAGAUAAUGCUAUCUGUAGGAUAUAAUGGCUUAUUGUACUCAAAACUGGAUUUCAUGCUGAUCAGUAUUAUGAAGUUGUUUUCAAAAGGUGGAGUAAUUAUGCCAAUAAUAUGUGUUUGUGCACAAAAUCACAUCAGUAUUAUGAAAUUAUUUUCAGAAGAAGGAAAAGUAUUGUAAAACAAUAAUUCAGCCCAUGAGCUUCAGUGAUAAUCAUUAUUAUUAUUUUUUUGUUUUGCUCCAGUCAUGACAUUCUACGGUGCUUUUUGAAGUUAGUCUACUACCGUUCAGUGCAAUAUUCCUUUGACUCGCAUAACAAUACCUUAUACCCAGGAUUUAUAUCAUAGCAUUGCUAGUACUAACUGUUCUCCACUAGAUGGAGAUAAAAGGCAUCUGCGGUCAAGAGAAGAUUUGUAUGGUAUGUUCUUACUUCCUGUUUACUAUAAACUGGACUUAAACAGUUGUUAACUGUCAAGUUGUAAAAAAAAAACCUUUCUAAAAUAAACUAUAUUUGCAAAAUGUG